AUGAAGGUUUCACUUUCUUUUCUUUUAACAAUUUUAAUUGUUAUAAUUACAAUUAAAGUUAAUUUAUCUCAAGAAAUUAAAAUUAGUCCAUUCUUUGCAAAUAAUUUAAAAUUUGAACCAAUCCCUGACUAUAUUGAAUAUGAUUCAGAUUCAGAUGCAGGUGAAGCAUUAUUCUUAUCAAACUAUUUAGAUGACCACAAAACCGCAAAACAGAAAUCUUGUGUUGAUAUUGGUGCACCUUUUCAAUCAUGUGAUAAAUUAUUAGAGAUUGACUCUAACCUCAGAGAUACAGAAGAUUUCUUUACAUUCACUGGUUUCAUCACUGUAAAUGAAACUUAUAAUAGUAAUACUUUCUUUUGGUUUUUAGAAUCUCAAAAUGGUGAUAAAAACUCACCCUUAGUUAUCUUUUUACAAGGUGGUCCAGGUGGUGCAUCAACUUUUUCACUUUUUGUUGAAACAGGUCCAUAUGAACUCCUUGAUAAUUUCACUUUAGUACAAAGAGAAAUUACAUGGAAUUCAGAAUUUGCAAUGUUAUAUAUUGAUAAUCCAGUUGGUACUGGUUUUUCAUUUACUGACUCUCAAGAGGGUUAUUCAAAUAAUGAAGAUGAAAUUGCAACAAAUUUAUACACCUUUUUACAACAAUUUUAUAAACUUUAUCCAGAAUAUUACACAAAUGAAUUAUAUAUAACUGGUGAAAGUUAUGCCGGAAAAUACAUUCCAGCAUUUUCAUAUCACAUUAUCCAACAAAACCAAAACUCAAAUAAUCCAAAUAUUAAUCUUAAAGGUAUUGCAAUUGGUGACGGUUUAUGUGAUCCAAUUACCCAAGUAACUCAAUAUGCAAACCUUGCAUUCUAUACUGGUUUAGCUGAUCUCCAACAACAAGAAGUUAUGUUUGAAUAUCAAGAUAAAAUUGUUGAAGCAAUUAAUCAAGAACAAUGGUCAGUUGCAAACGAUUUAUUCACUGAUUUAAUUAAUGGUCCACCAGAUUAUUUCCAAAAUAUUACAGGUGAAUCAGAUUAUUAUGAUAUUCGUAAAACUGUUGAACCAACAUAUGGUGGUGAUUUUACAGCAUUUUUAAAUCAAUCUUCAAUUCGUGCAAUGAUUCAUGUUGGUAAUAAUUAUUUUCAAAAUAAUAAUGAUGUUUACAUUCAUUUAGAACAAGAUAUUCCAAAAUCAGUUAAACAAUUAUUCCCAACCAUUUUAGAUAAUAUUAAAGUUAUUUUAUACAAUGGUCAAUUUGAUUUCAUUGUUGGUCCAUCUCUCACAGAAACAAUGAUUCGUACUAUUGAAUGGGAAGGAAUUCAACCAUUCUUAGAAUCACCAAAAAUCAUUUGGAAAAUUCCAUCAGAUAAUGUUGAUGUAGCCGGUUUUGUUAGACAAUGGAAUAGUUUCACUCAAGUUGUUGUACGUCAAGCAGGUCAUAUGGUACCUUUGGAUCAACCUGCACGUGCUUUUGAUAUGAUAGAUAGAUUUAUUAACAAUGAACCUUUUCCAUCAGGUUAA